AUGUCGUCCAUCACGGAAAAGUCACCACCGACCGUGGACACCGCGGAGAAUGACAGCGAACGCACGCAAUCGAAAGAGAAUGCUUAUGAACAAGUUUCUAGCCCAGAAUCGGUGCGACAGAAAUGGUAUGAAUGGUUUGCGCCCUCGGACACACCAGAAGAGCGACGCUUGAUCCUCAAACUGGAUGGGUUGAUCAUUGUUUUCGUCUUUCUCGCAUAUUGGGCAAAGGUCUUGGACUCGUCUGCUACAAGCACCGCCUAUGUGAGUGGCAUGAAGGAGGAUCUGAAGCUAUACGGGAAUCAAUUGAACUAUCUGAACACAGUAUAUUAUGUUGGAUUCAUCGUCUUGCAGAUCCCACUGACACUUCUGAUGACUCGCUGCCCUGUUAAUUACUUUUUACCUGCUGCAGACCUGUUGUGGGGUGUCUUCACUCUCGCACAGUACAAAGUCAGCAAUGUGACGCAGCUGUAUGCUUUGCGGUUCUUCGUGGGAGCUCUUGGGGGUUUCUUCUUCCCUGCUGUUCAAUGGUACCUGGGAAGUUGGUACAAACGAUCGGAGCUAUCCCGCAGAGGUGCCAUUUUCUUCAUUGCCAGCCAGAUCGGCAGCAUGAGUUCCGGAUACAUUCAAGCAGGAGCUUACGAUCGGCUGGACGGCCGCUUUGGAAUAGAAGGAUGGAGAUGGUUUCUAACCUCGGACGAAAUUCGCCUAGCGCAGGAACGAAUGGCAUCUGAACACCGAGAGACCCGGCAACCUUUUACUCGGUCCAAAAUUACCGCAAUCUUAAAGGGCUGGAGACUAUGGGUCCUGGUAGGAUUCGCAUUUUUCUUCAGCCAGGCAGAUGGUGUGUCCCAAAACAGUGGUCUAUCCCUUUGGCUGAAGGCUGAAGGCUAUUCUGUGGGUAAUAUUGACACCAUCACGACCGUCUCACCGGCUGUCACUAUUAUUGCAUCAGUAGUCUGUGCAGUGUUUUCAGACGUGUACGACGCGAAGGCAAGCUUGAUCGCGAUUACCGCGGGACUCAAUAUUUUUGCCAGUAUUGUGCUCGCGAUUUGGAAUGUCCCUAACGGAUUGAAAUUUUUUGCUUUUUUCUUGUCAGGCACGGCCGAUGGGAUCGCAGCGGUUGUUUAUGCAUGGGCCAAUGAGAUCUGUGCUCAUAGCGCUGAAGAACGCGCCAUUGUGAUUAGUACGAUGAAUACGAUCGGGAAUACGUUCGGGGCCUGGAUUCCUCUAUUGUAG